CGGUGCCAUCACUAGUUACCGUCCGAAGAACGCUCCUUCGCUUCACUUCAAUUUUUCAAGGGAAUUUGGUUGACAAGCCCUUGCAGAGCGACAUGAGCUCACCCGACGACAUUCCUGGACCGUCGAAGCAGCGAACCAAGAAACGCUCUCCACGCGCCUCAAGCCGUGACUCGAACUCGAAGUCCUCGUCGCCACCGACAACCAGCAAUGGUAGACACGGUGGAUCCGCCUCGGGAGGAUCGCCCAUCGGGGGACGCAGCCCCGCCGGCAACAGAAGUCCCGCAUCCGGAGGAUCUCCCGCCGGCGGGCGCAGUCCCGCUGGCAACGGCAGUCCCGCUGGCAACAGAAGCCCCCUUGGAGGCCAGAGCCCUGCGGGCGGUCGUAGUCCUUUGGGUGGUCAGAGUCCUAGCGUAGGCCCAACCAACAUGCGCGAUCGCCUGCUGGUGGCCAAUGCCAUAGCCAUGAAUGUGUCGGCCGGUGAGUCGACAGCUAGCUCUUCAUCGCCGCAGCUGAAUGGCCACUACCAUUAUGACUCCGACGAGCUCAACGGAGGAUCCCCGAGUGGAUCGUCGAAUAACAAGAAAAAGAAGACCCGUGAACGCCUCGUGUCCGGAGACUCGGCACUCAUGGGCUGGACGGGCGAAUUCCCAAAGCUGACGGCCAUGGCCAACAUCGACAGCAGCUCGGAUCUGGAGCCACAGUCGCCGGGCGAGCUGCGGGCACUGGGCAGGAGAGGACUGAGGGUGUUUCCAAGAGUGGAACCGCAGGCGGAGACAGCGGGAGGGCCGGGGCCAUCAGAGCCGGCUGAAGUGGCCAAAACGACUGAGGAGCAGCAGCCGCAGCAGCAGCAGCAGCAAGAUCAGCAGCAGCAGCAGUCGCUAGCGUCGCCUCCAUCGCCGAUGAUCACGUCGCCGGUCGGGUCCUCUCUGUCCUCCAACUCUGACUUGAAUUUGACGACAUCAACGCCACCAGGACGUGGACCAGGACAACAUUCAGAACCUGACCAGCCAUUCACUUUAGUAACAACUGCAACUAGUACAAAUCUAAACACAACAACUACGACAGCAGUCAACACUGCAAACGCAACUGGUACUGCGACAACAGCGAGUCCAAGAACAACAGCAACCAACAGGCUACAAACAGAAUCAGACAACCAGGAGAAGAAUGUUGAGAAGGAGCAGCCUACGAAGACGGAUGGUGGGCAGCAGCCUUCGAAGGCAGAUGACAAGCAGCAGCAGCAGCCGGCUGAUGAUGAUGAGGAGGAGCAAAUUGAACCCCUGGUUAUGGCCGAGGAUGAGAGUAACUCUAGUGUUCCCUUGGACACGCCGCCGACGGAUCAUCGUUCCGGCAAGCGCGCCUUCAGUCCCAUCGCACAGGAGAGCAAGCUGGCUAAGGCAGAUGACGAUACCAGGAAGACGAAAGAGGAUGAAGCUAAAGUCCCACUGGACAAAGGUCCCAAUGGAGGAGAAACGGAGGAAGCCACCCUACCCGUCUCCAGUCUCUUUGCCAAGCGUGCCAAGUCGCUGAGUACCGAGUCUAAGCUCGAGCCUCGCACCUCGCGCUUCAGCAGCCAGGAUCCGAGCAAGCCGGUGGAACUGAUGGUCCCCACCAGCCGCAAGGAACCCGAUGUCAAACCGGAGGCCGUUUCGGAGACUCCUCCCGCACCCUCGGCGCUCAAGCUGAAGGCCACCGACGAGUUCUAUCGGCUGCCCUUCGCCUACGGCUGGAAGCGUGAGCUUGUCCUGCCCAGCUCUGGGAAUCCCAAGCGUCGCACCGGUGACGUUUUCUUUAUUGCGCCCAACGGACGCAAGUUGCGCUCACGCGAAGACAUUAUACCCAUGCUGGAGGGCGAGCUGACCAUCGAGCACUUUUGCUUCCAGCGUCAGGCGCAGGAGGCGGGACCGGAGUACGAACUGGUGCGCCGGGCCACGCCCUCCAACGUAUUGCGCAACAAGUCUCAGCAGGCGGUGAUGCAACCUACUUCCUCGCCGGUCACCGGGAAGCGUGUGUCCAAGCCCAAGGUGCCCAAGGGAGCCAGUCCGCCGAGUGAGGGCUGGACCGCCACCAUGGCGGUCAAGGGAAACGCCAGGGUGCUUGCCUCCAGCAAUGGCGGCAGCCCAGCGGGACCACCAACUUUGACCAGCUCCACUCGCAAGCGAAGCUUCAUGUCCAGACAGACUUCACGGGUCUCCAGCGAGAAGAUCUUCGCCUGUCUGUAUUGCCAGGCUCCUAUGCAGAUGACCAAGAACUCUAACAACAACAUUUGUUCGAACUGCUCGAAGAUUGCGCGUAAGAAAAAGAGGGAAUCUGAGAGGAGCGAGGUAACAACAGAGCCCCAACCCGACGUUGAGGAUAUGGAUGAUGACCAGAAGUCGAACGACGGUGAUGAUGACAACGAGAGCGCGGACAGCCUGAUGGAGAUCGGCGAGGAGAUUGAAGUGCCCGGCCAGCAUCCGCCGGCAGAACUGUUCAACAACCUGGCACACAGGCGCUCGCCCAAGGACCAGGAGGUGGUUGUUAUCGGCGGACGCAAGGCCAUAGCCAUCAAGGCCGAUCCGCCGCGUCGUCCAGUGAAAGUGGUUCCGCGCCAGCCGGAUUUGACUGGCUAUGAGAAGAUCUACAAGAAGCGCAUCCAGGGUAAGAGUGCCAGCAACGACUUGGUGGAGUCUCUGGGCGAUGCCCACACCGGGUGCCAGGUGCUAAUGGCCAUCAUGAAGACCCUGAACCUGAAGGAGCGUGCCAACAUGUCGCGAGUGUGCAAGACCUGGGCCAUGGUCAGCCGGGAGAUGAGUGUGUGGCGCUCGGUGAGCCUGCGCGACACCUACAUCGGCAGCUGGGUCUUCUUCCUGCGCGAACUGGCUCGCCACCGCACUCGCGAGCUGGACAUGAUGGGCGUUAUAAUGGCCAAGCCGCAGCUCCGCUGCACCGGGGACAUGCGCGUGCUCAAGGCACUGCGCGUUCUGCGCACCGAUGCAGUGGACACCGAGUUCCUGCAUUUGGUCUUCCGCCAUCUGAGCAAUUUGCUGGAGCUGCGGGCCACUUGCACAACCUCGUCGUUGAACCUUUCCCAUUUGGAGCAGACGGAGGAGCUGCGCGUGUUGCGUAUCCACAUGACGGAUCCGAAAUCAACCUUGUCAUCGCUGAGCUCUCUGGCGAAGCUACGUAACCUGACCGAGUUGAGUCUGCGCGGAGUGUCCAAUCUGGGUAAGCUGAACAUGAUGUUCUUAAAGGACCUUCCCCGACUGGAGGUGCUAGCGUUGGGCUCAUGCCAGGACCUCAACAGCCAGCAGUUCGGCAAGCAUGUUCUGCCCACCCUCAAGCAUCUACACUCGUUCCGCCUGGAAAACGACCACAAGGGCAUGGCCAUGUUCCCGGUGGACGACAUUAUGCGUGGUCUGGCCAUUGCAGGUGGAGUUCAGCGCCUAGAGCUGGUGAACGUGGAUGUGGACGGCGGAUUUAGCCCCCUGCUUGCCGCCUGCCCCAGUGUCACGGAUCUGCUGCUGACCCCGAAGUGCAUGCACAACACGGCCAACAUGACGAAUGCGGUGAUGCAGGCCAUCAGCGACAAUGCCGAGCAGCUGCGUGUGUUCCGCCUGGGACUGGUGACCCAGUUGCUGAGUGCCACCGGCACGCUGUACAAGGGGAAGGGCAAGGACGUCAUACCGGUGCAGCGCCCAGUGCCGGGAAUUCCGGACGAGGAUCAGAUCAACCACUGCACUGCGGACGAUGAUUGCCAGGAACUGGACCACGCGGAGUGUGUGGCCUUUCUGCCGCUGGAGCGUCUGGAGGCCAUUCUGCACCACAUGAUGCCGCACGCUUGGCUCACCGUGGCCAAGGUGGCCAUGUGCGACACCACCAGCAUUAAGUUCCUGCCCCGUCCGGAGGAGAGCAGCGAGGAACUCUUUUAGCCCAGGAUAUCACCUGGGUGCCAUAAGAUAGCUCAUAAGAAACCUCUCUCAGUACCAGAGAAUGCCAAGACUGACACUUCGGGAACCAUCACAAAACUACGGAAGAAAUCGACAGGAUUGGAGAACGAAUCGGGAAACUAUACUUAGUCCGUUGGCUUCUCUAAAGGGAAUCGCCAGUUUUGAUUUGUGCUGUAUUCCCAGGAAUCGCACUUGUUUUGGAUAUAUCUUUGUAUUAAGCGGCGUUUAAAACGUCUCCAGGUCGCCUGCACAUUGCAUUGGCAGAAGAGAAUCCGACACCCACAACAGCAAUGCUGUGUUUUUUUUUACCCACGGGUAUUUCACACACUUAAUUUGGAAUAUUUGUAACAGAACUUGUAAGGGGAGUGGAACGCAAUAAAGCGAAGCAUCUCCCGUUUACUUGACUCGCUAAGAUUACCCAACUUUUGGGAAGUGUUGAAUUCUAAAUUCAACGACAAUUGAAUAAGAUAUGCAGAUCUAUCUACUGACUAGGUUGUACUCUCCUAAUGUACCCAUCCUGGACUAGAUGUAAAUGUCACCUGUACAUUUUGGUACUCAUUUAAAAAUAAAAUACAUACGAUUAGUAAAA